UGGAUUUCUUUCUUCGCGGAAAGAAAUGUACAAACUGUAAACAACCUAUCGGGACAGUACCGAAAGGCAUAGGAAUUUGAUUUUAUUUUGAAGUGUAUUUAUAAUACUACAUUACUCAAUAUUUACCGGAAACGUAAUGGGAAAUAUUUUCAUGUAAACCCACUAUAGGAUUGUAUGUGCAGACUUACUGUAUAUCAGAACUGAAGAGCAGGCAGAGGGAUUAAUUUACGGACACCAUUAUGUAGCUCGGACUAGAAUGGCUCCUUUAGUAAGGGGAAAGGAGCUGCCUUCUUUCUUCUUUCUUAAUUUAUUAAUUUGAAGUUUGUUUAAGAACACCACAAAGGAUAAUAAAAAUGGCAACUGGAGCUAGUAGUAAUGAUCGUGAAGCACAGAGGGAACAAGCAAGACUGGCCAGGCUUGAGGCGUGCCACCAGCAGAAGAAGGAGGGACAGAUCCAACAGCCUCUCUUUGGCAUUCCGGUCAAGAUCGUACGAGAAGAUUCCACUACACAACAGAUCAAAAACGUUCUGGGAGACUAUGACUUUGUGCAGCAGACGUUACACUCGCGAGAGGCCAAAAAUCUGAUAGGUGUGCAGAGCAUGCCCGCGACACCAGUGGCCACAAAACCUCCAAGUAACUUAUUCCCACCGCCUCAGCAAGUGCAGCAACUGGCAGGCAAAAAUGGCGUGCGAUUACGCGACGAAGAAAGACGCGAUGUGAAAGAAAAUGGGACAAAAUUUGGUGGAACCAAGUGUUCCCAUCAUCCAUCUGGAUGGCAGGGAGGCGGGGAUUCUAGGAGUCAUCAUCAAGAGGACCGCAAGUCAUCGUCCCAGUCUAAAGAACCAGUCACUGACAAUUCAUCAGCCACAAAGCACCAUGUGAGUAGCAGUAGUAAUAAUCACCACAGGGAACGGGACGGCAAGCAUCAUAGAAAACGUCCUCGUUCCACCAGCGACUCCUCCUCUAAGUCACCAAAACGGACUCAAAGGUCUUCUCAAUCUGAAACUGCUGUUGCCAAUGCCUUCACUUCACCAACUUUGUCUUCAAAAAACCGCAAACAUGGUCGUUCUGCCACUGGAACCCAGGAGAAAAGCAGAGCACCCAGGGAAGAGUCGGGGAAACCUGCGGAAGAUCCGACAGUUCAAAAAGCAGACGUCCCCUUAGUGAAUGGAACUGUGCGGAACAAGGCUCACUUGAAGCUGAUAAUGCCUAAUGUGGACAAGCCAAAGGACCCUCAUCCAAAGAUAGAAGAUGUCCUUCAGGAAAUGAUUGUGCAACCACCACUUACUGGCCUUGCAACUCCAAGGAAAGAGGAGUCCUCACACUUCUGUUUUCCUGGCUCUAGACCUCCUGAGGAGGCCCUGGCAAAUAUAAGGAGGAACAGCACGGUCUUGUCACGUAAAGGUAGCAUAUCAACAACAGAGCGGCGGCGGAGACUUAGCACGGCACCAGGCAAUGUGGAGGAUGACCUGGUGCUGUCAGAAUCGGAUAACGAGGGUGAUGAACAGGUCAAGGUCAAGGUGCGGGCAGCCACAGUUGGCCACAAAGACAGUGCAAAUCUUGUGCGUUCCGACUCCUCCAGUGACAGUGACUCUGAGAGCAGCUCUGAGGAGUCUGGCAGUGAAAGUAGUGAUGGGGAGGAGGAGAAGGUACCCAAACCAGGGCCAGAAAACAAUAAGGCCAAGGAGGAAGAGGAGGAAGCACCUGCUGUGCCUCUGCCUCAGCAAGCACAGGGGGGCUGGAGUCUGCUCAACUUUAUCAAGAAAGACAAGCCAGAGAAAGCGCCAGCCGAUCCGCUGGAAGAGAAGUUGGAAUUCCUUCGUGACAAUAAUGUCAAUAGUAUAGAAAAGGACAUUGGCGCGGACACUCUGCUGACCUCUGACCUUGACCCCGUGGACAGCGAGAUGGUGACUGCGCACAUGGACCGCAGCAAUGAGGCUCUGUUUGAGGAGCUGGACCAGAUGGUGGACAGGGUGGCUCGAAGGAGCAAAGAAUUUGAAAGAGCUGAUCUGAAAUUCAAUGAUGACAUCUUUGAUGAUGAGGGUGAAGAUGAAACCGAUUCACAUGCAGUUAAGGAAGAAAAGAUCUUGCCCGCUUCAGCAAAAAUUGUUCAUGGGUCUCCAAAACAUACACCCAGCCAAAAUGGGGUGCAAUUGUCUUCGUCUCCCAACAGGACUGGUAACGUGUCCAAAAUGGAACCGCCAAAAAUUGUCAUCAAAACUGAUCCUGCCUCACCUUUGGAUGUUAAGAUGGAUUUCUUAUCUCCCAUUGUGAAGAAUGAUCUGCUGUCUCCGCUCCCUGCUGAGACCCCUGUCUACAAGUCCAAAAUCCAUUUUCCGUCAGCCACAACAGUCGAUGAAAAAUCCAAAGAGGCCCUUAAGCUGAAGCUGAAGUUUGACUCUGUGUCUUCUGAUAAACCCAAACAUGGUAGAACGGGAGAUCAGCAAGCUGUGACAGGGAAGUCUGUCCAGUCAGAGUUGAAAUCUCCAGUUGAAUCAACAGACAGUGAGGAUGCCAGUGAAAAAAGCAAAGGAGGAAAAACGGGCAAGAAAUUGAAAGGUGCUCGUCGUAUGACAGUGGAUCUCGUGAGAAUUGAUGAUGAUGUGAAGGAUUCUGGGAAUGUACAAAAGAAUGGAGCCCCCACCAAGGAAAGCAGCAAAACCUCUGAUUCUAAAUCACAAAAGGAAAAGACACCAAAGUCUAGUAACAAUGGGACUUCAAAAGGGGAAAGAAAGAGCAGGAAGAAAAUCAAAUCCAAAGAAUUAUUGGACACAGACGACAGUUCAGAGUCUGAGGAAGAUAUGAUUGUAGACAUCGAGGGUGAUUUGUCACCACAGAAAAUGAAUGGAGAAUUCAAAAAGAAAACCAAGGAUGUUGUGACAAAACUGAAUGGGGAUAAUGGUUUAGCUUGUGUUAUACCCGAGUCCAAAACGCUCUUGCCCCCCAUGUUGUUAUCACCACUGCCAUGCUCAAAGGACCCUGCUGGAACAAACAAGGGCAGCAGAGCAGAUGACAAAAGUGCAACGCACGUUCUAGUCAGGUUAAAUCUCAGUUUGUUGGAGCAACUUCGUAAAAAGAGAGAAGAAGCAAAGCAAAAAGAAAAGGAAAAGGCAGAAAUGAAAAUGAAACAAGAGAAGGAGAAUAAAGAGCGAGCAAAGGAGAAACGAAGACAAGAAAAGGAGAAAAAUCGUGAGAGAAAGAAUAAAGAGAAAAGAGCAAAGGAGAAGUCGGUGACAGAAAAAUCUGUGUCAACAAUGCCAUUAAAACAGGAAAUUAUGAUGAAUCUUUUUCCAGAUGAGAGGACAAAUGGAUCAAAAGGGUCACCAGAAGGGAAAGAGUCCCCUCUUGGCAGCAUGGAAAUGUUACCAGCGCCACCUAUGUCUCCUCUUGAAAGACUAACAGUACCCACCAAAGAUGAGACCUCGCGUGAUAGGACAGAAACGUAUGCAAUGCCCUCUAGUGGCAAAGUGUCUUCUCCCUUGAAAGGGGGUAAUGGCGAAAACAUUCACAAAUCUCCAAACAGGACAGAGUCUCCGAGUGAAAUAGUUCCUAAUGUGCCAGUAAGUGUCAAAGUUGAAGAGAAUUCCAGUGAUCAAAAAGUAGUGCCAGAGUUAUCAGAGAUUUCUGAAAAGACGUCUUGUACAGGGAUUAAGAGUGAACGAAUUCAAGCCACUGAUGUGGCAAAUGAUGUGCAGAGGAUGGGGAGAUUCAUAACCCAGUUGAGGAGAAACAACCAGAAACAGACACUGAGGUCCAUGACAUGGAUAUUGAAAAAAGUGAAGAUGAAACAAAAUCUGAAUUUGAAAAAGACAGUGAUAUUAAGGACAAAAGGACUAAGGAUGCUAAUAUUAUAUCCAAAAUUAUAGGGGGGAGUAACGUACCUUCUAUUAAGAUCCCCAAACGUAAGAGAGAGGCAGAUGACAAAUUUGAUCAUAAACGGCACAGACAAGAGCGGAGC